CAAACACAUUUUUACCAAGGCACAUCCUGCACAGCCCUAGAUCCAUUAAACUUUGAUUCAGUACAGCACAUGUUUUUGUGAGCACAAGGUUGGGACAAAAGUUACAGAUUAACAGCAUCUCAAAGCAGAACAAAAUGGAGUUUCUUUUGUCUUCCGUUUUCUACACAGACACAGUAACAAUCUGAUCUUUCUUUCUUUUCUCCACAUUUACUUCAUUAUAUGAUAUCAACACUGACUCUUUCAUGUAAAAUGUCACUCCUAGGAUCCUUCUGCCCUCGUGUGGUGCCUGUGCCCCCAAGGGUGUAAUUCAUUGUUCCCUCUUCCCAUAGUCAGUGUGUGUGUGUGUGUGUGUGUGUGUGUGUGUGUGUGUACUAUAUUCUGACACAUCAUUAGAAUCUAAAUUAGUCCACCUUGGUAUAUUUUUCUGCCACUGAGAAUCUUCUACUUAGACAUGUUACAAAUGUAUUUUUUAAAAGAAGCUUUGAAGAGACAGGGUCUCACUGUCCCCCAGGCUGGAGUGCAGUGCUGCCAUCACAGCUCACUGCAGCCUUGAUCUCCUUGGCUCAAGCAAUCCUCCCACCUCAACCUCCCGAGUCGCUGAGACUACAAGUGCGUGCCACCAUGCCUGGCACACAUUCAUUUUUCAUGAUCUGUGUUGUCUGUACGUGCCCAGAGGUAGAGAUAACACUACAAUGAAAAGAGGUGGCAGAGAACAGGAAGAGAAAUAAACCAGAGGAGCUGAUAUCCUUAAAUGCUGUGGCUCCAAAGGACUGCCAGCAGGUUGUGGGGCUAGCCAGAAAAAAUAGAGCCUCUGAUUCUAGAAGGCUUGGAGAAAGUGUGAGAAGGGAGAUCAAAUCGGAAUAGACUGAUGUAAGGGGAAGGCGGUGAGGAUGAAGCAAGAGAAACUCGGCUCCAGUGAAAAGGACCCGUCAUUGCAUUCCAGAAUGUAAUUUGCAUUUCAUAUGUAAAUGAGGAGGCUUCCUGGAGGCUGGGCUGGGCUGGGCUUAGCUGAGCCUCUGCAAACAGCAGGGAUUCAGCCCUGGGGAACUGCAGACCAAAGUGCGAGAGGGACACACCGCAUCUCCAGGCACAUCCAAAAAGGAUGGACGAGACACCGAAGCAGAGGAUACAGGAGGAUUAAAGGAUUCAGGAAAGCAAGCAGCCUUCUGGAGAAGCUGUUGAAAUUCAAGACUGUCAAGAGAAGUAAAUUCAACCUCUCAAACCGAUCAUUUCUCAUUCCCUGAAAAGAAGAGGUUGCUUCCCCAGGGAAGUGAAAAUAAUGAACUUUUGGAGGUACUUCUGUUUUGCUUUCACUCUGCUCAGUGUGGUCAUUUUUGUGAGAUUUUACAGUAGCCAACUGAGCCCACCAAAAAGUUACGAGAAGCUGAACAGUUCCAGUGAAAGGUAUUUUAGGAAAACUGCCUGUAAUCACGCCCUAGAGAAAACACCAGUCUUUUUGUGGGAAAAUAUAUUACCAUCACCUUUGCGAAGUGUCCCUUGCAAGGAUUAUCUGACCCAGAAUCACUACAUCACAAGUCCCCUGUCGGAAGAAGAGGCUGCAUUCCCCUUGGCCUAUGUCAUGGUCAUCCAUAAGGACUUUGACACCUUCGAAAGGCUCUUUAGGGCUAUCUAUAUGCCCCAAAAUGUCUACUGUGUUCACGUGGAUGAGAAAGCCCCAGCCGAGUUUAAGGAAUCUGUGAGGCAGUUACUGAGUUGCUUCCAAAAUGCUUUCCUUGCUUCAAAGACAGAGUCUGUGGUUUAUGCAGGCAUUUCCAGGCUCCAGGCUGACCUGAACUGUCUGAAAGACCUUGUCACCUCUGAGGUUCCCUGGAGGUACGUCAUCAACACCUGUGGACAAGAUUUCCCCCUGAAAACCAACCGGGAAAUAGUUCAGCAUCUGAAAGGAUUUAAAGGGAAAAAUAUCACCCCAGGGGUGCUGCCUCCUGACCAUGCAAUUAAGCGAACUAAAUAUGUCCACCAAGAGCAUACAGAUAAAGGGGGUUCUUUUGUGAAAAAUACUAAUAUUUUGAAAACUUCACCUCCACAUCAGCUGACCAUCUACUUUGGCACUGCCUAUGUGGCGCUUACCAGAGAGUUUGUCGACUUUGUUCUACAUGACAAAAGGGCCAUUGAUCUACUACUGUGGUCAAAAGAUACCUACAGUCCUGAUGAGCAUUUCUGGGUGACACUCAAUAGGGUUUCAGGUGUUCCUGGCUCUAUGCCAAAUGCAUCCUGGACUGGAAACCUCAGAGCUAUAAAGUGGAGUGACAUGGAAGACAGACACGGAGGCUGCCAUGAGUCAGCUUUCUUCUUGUUUAUUCCUCGUGCUGUGCCUUCUGGGAGUCCAGCUGUUCAGAGGGGAAAGCCAUCAGGAGGAGAAGUGAUGUCAUGUUGGCACUGCAGAGAAAGCUGGGCCCCCAACCCUCAGGCCAGUCCCUGCUCCCCCUACAGGCAGCCUUCCCAGUGGCUUGGAGAGCUGUCGGGGUUUGCACAGCUCUGGCAUGAUGGAUGGCAGGUUACACUAGCAAGAAGGGUUCCCCUCCAAAUGGAAAAGAACUAGAAAUCCUAAGUCAUUUCCAUUUCUAUGGAAUUUUAUGAAGAAGAGUUUUUAUCAGUCCUGGAACACACUGCAUUCAGAAUAUUGCCCAGCAUAUACUGGGCAUGAGUAUUAGUUUGCUAGGGCUGCCAUAACAAAGUGGCACAGACUGAGUGCUUAACAGAAAUUUAUUUAGUUCUAGAGGCUGGAAGUCCAAGAUCCAGGUGUCAACAGGGCUGGUUUAUUGAGGCCUCUCUGCUUGGCUCGUAGAUGGCAUUUUCUCCCUGUGUUCUCACGUGGUCUUCCCUCUGUGUGUGUCUGUGUCCUAAUCACCUCUUCUUCUAAGGAGACCAGUCAUAUUGGAUUACGGCCCACCCUAAAGGUCUCAUUUUAAUUUAUUUACCUCUUUAAAGACCCUGUCUCCACUCUGAGACACUCAGUGUUAGGAUUCAACAUAUGAAUUUAGAGAGACAAAUAAUUCAGUCCAUAAUAUGCAAUAAAUAUUUAUUUAGUAAGUGAUUGUUUGAACGAAUGAAUCAAUGAAUGAAUGACAAUAUGGUGGUUUGGCCUUUUCUCUCUAUGGUAACAAGACUUUGCCUCUACUCAUCAGUCCAUCUUUUUUUUUUUUUUUUUUUUUUUUUUUGAGAUGGAUUCUCGUUCUAUUACCAGGCUGGAGAGCAGUGACGUGAUCUCAGCUCACUGCUGCAACUUCCACCACCUGGGUUCAAGCGAUUCUCCUGCCUCAGCCUCCGAAGUAGCUGGGACAACAGGUGCAUGUCACCACGCUCAGCUAAUUUUUGUAUUUUUAGUAGAGACGGGGUUUCACCAUGUUGGCCAGGAUGGCCUCAAUCUCUUGACCUCAUGAUCUGCCCCCCUUGGUCUCCCAAAGUGCCGGGAUUACAGGCGUGAGCCACUGCGCCCGGCCCCAUCUUACCUGCACCUAAAUGUUAAAUGUUUCAGGUGAAAAUCUCCAAGUUGCUCCAUCUCUACAACUCUCCAUUACACCAGCCUCUUUCUCAUGUGUCUCUUGAUGGUCUCAUCCCACUGUGGACAGCAACAUUUUCAUGCAACUGUAAAGAAAUUUUGGUCCAUUCUGAAGCAUGUUAAUAUAUUUACUUUAAUCAGUCCAUAUUUUCUCCAGGGGAUAGUGCAUGCCACCUGCCUACAUUCUUUUUUUUUUUUUUUUGAGAUGGAGUUUCACUCUUGUCACCCAGGCUGGAGUGCAGUGGCACGAUCUCGGCUCACUGGGACCUCCAUCUCCCAGGUUCAAGUGAUUCUCCUGCCUCAGCCUCCUGAGUAGCUGAGAUUACAGGCACCCACUGCCACGCCCAGCUAAUUUUUGUAUUUUUAGUAGAGACAGGGUUUCACCAUGUUGGCCAGACUGGUCUCGAACUCCUGACCUCGUGAUCCAUCUGCCUCGGCCUCCCAAAGUGCUGGGAUUACAGGCAUGAGCCACCGCACCCAGCCUGUACUACCUUCAUCGGCCCUCUUAGCACUUAGAGUGAUCUUCAACUUGAAGUGCCCAUCUCUGAUUACAGUGUCUUUGUCACCUCUACUAGUUUCCUUCACCUACUUACAUCCUACUUAUUUUACUGUCUUUCUUCCCAGAGCAGAAGCUCCAAGACAGCUAGGAUUUUUGACCAGUUUGUUCACUGUUGUAUGUCCACACCUAAACCAUGUUGUUUUUGUUUGAAUUGGGAUUUCCAGAGGUUCAACCUUUCAAGCUUUUUCCUUCUAUGAGCUUCCUUCUGAGGACUCCCUGUCUGACCCAUGUAUUGUAAUCAGCCACUACAAGUUGUCCUCACCAACAUUUUCGGUCCCUUUGCCAUUUUGACCCUACAAGGCUGAUUCCUAACCCUAAUCAUUACCUCCAUCUGUCUUUUUUGCCAUUUGUACUUCCCUAGGCAGAGUAUUGGUGGAGAGUGCUGUGGAACUCUCUUAAGACACACCCACCAUUGGGUCCUGUCAUCUAACUUCAGCUAGGCCUCCUGGCUACCUACUUAUCCUUUUGUUUACCUCAUUAUUUUCCUAGUGCCCUUCCUAAGGGACACCUUUUCAGCUUUCCUGCUCACCUUUAAGCUCCCAAGGUGUAUUAGUCUGUUUUCACACUGCUGAUAAAGACAUACCCAAGACUGUGUAAUUUACAAAGAAAAAGAAGUUUAAUGGACUUACAGUUCCACGUGGCUGGGGAGGUCCUGGCAGAAGGCAAAAGGCACAUCUUACAUGGUGGCAGGAAAAAGAGAAUGAGAGCCAAGAAUGAGAGCCAAGCAAAAGAGGAAACCCCUUAUAAAACCAUCAGAUCUCAUGAGACUUACUCACUACCACAAGAACAAUCAUGGGGCAAACCUCCCCCCAUGAUUCAUUUAUCUCCCACUGCAUCCCUCCCACAACACGUGGGAAUUAUGGGAGCUACAAUUCAAGAUGAGAUUUGGGUGGGGACACAGCCAGACCAUAUCACAAGGUUAUGCUAAAACAGCCUUUCUAUUCUCCAAAGCGACCAUUUCAACUUGAAAAAGAACUUUUAAGAUAUGUGAUCAAAAUUCAUCAUCUAGUCUCUUGUCUUCCUGCCCCACCAUCUUAGAGCUGUGUGGACACCUUCUUUCAUUGUUCCCUCCUGUUUCAAGAGGUCAAGUCACCCAUCCUCCCAACAAAAGCGACCAGCUAUGGUCUCAGCUAUCUGUGGGCCCCCUCUCUCAGACCCUUGCCCUUUUGCAUUCUCAGCCUCUCCCUUUCUGCUGCCUCUUUUCCUUCUCUCCGAAAGCCUGUACUCAUUGCCCCUAUCUUGAAGAGAUUGAGUUGUCUAUGAACCCUUUGCUUUCUCCAGGCUGAAAGAUUCUUUCCUUGUUCACUUCCAUUUCCUUAAGCAUGUGCUUAAGGCCUGUGUUUUUGGUUCACACUGCCUGGUCAUUCUUUCACUUCCUACAAUUCUGGCUUCUUUCCCCAAUGACUUAUACUCUCUAUUAUGCUUCUUCCCAGCCCACUGAAUUAAUCACCACGUUCUGUCUGUCCUUCUGUACUAGCAUCUUCAAUAUCCUCCCUUUCCCACUCAUCACAGACAUUAACUUUGAACGAGCUCUCCAGUUUAUGUUAUUACUGCAGCCUCUUGGUUUCUAAUGUACCUUGCAAAACACUUCAAAAUUAACCUUACUAAAAUGAGUUUCAUCACUUGAUUCUUCUAUUCAAAAAUCUUUAAGGACUGUCCAUACUUAUGAGACACAAGGCCUAACCCUUCAGUCUGUGAAGUCAGUCAACCAGCAAUUGUCCUAUUGUGUGCCCAGAAGAAUCUCUGGAAAAGGUUGCAACUUCCUACCAUUCUUAUUUCUAAGCUAUUCCCAACAAAACCCCCUCUCCCAGCAGAAAGUGCUCACCCCAAAUCUGUUGACGUUAAAAAAAAAAAUUCAAUAUUGACAUGUUACAUCACUGAGGUUUAUUACACAUCUAGGCAGAGAUACAAAGUAGGCACUUGGAUAGACCAGAGCUCAGGAAAAAGACUUACUCAACGCAACCCAUAAAGACCUCUCCGACCUGUACCACUGUAGGACUUCUCAUCUGUAACUCUCAUUUAGUAAUACAGUAGGCGCCCCUUAUCCAUGGGGGGAUACAUUUCAAGACCCCCAGUGGAUGCCUGAAACCACAGACAGUACUGAACUCUAAAUAUACUUUGUUUUUCCCUGUACAUGCAUAUCUAUGAUAAAGUUUAAUUUUUGAAGUAGGCAUAGUAAGAGGUUAACAAUAUUAACUAAUUAUAAAAUAGAACAAUUAUAACAAUAUGCUGUAACAAAAGUUAUGUGAAUAAAAGUUCUGUGAAUAAAAAAGUUAUGUGUAAUAAAA